AUGACCCAGAGGUAUUAUGUCCUCAGUGGAUUUAAUGAUCAUAGUCUUAAAAAUACAUAUAUCUCCUCACUACCUCAAGAACUCCAACCAGAAAUUCAUAGGAUGAUAACAACUGCUCAAAAAGAUGUUAAAGCCUUGAGUCUCGGCCAGACACAUCAAAUAACAUUAGAAACACUUGAAAAUCUAUGUAGAUUGCACCAACAUUUUUUAGAAAUUGUACAACAAAAAUCCAAAUUCACCAAGGCGUGCAAAAAGCCUUACCUGGAAAUCAAGUGCAAAGAUAACAAAUGCAUUUGUUCAACAGGAAAGAAACAUCAUCGGCGAAAAUACACCAAACCUUCUGGAAUCUUCAAGAAGGUAAGGAAAAAGAAAGCUUUGAAGUUCUUUAAAAAGAAGCCAUUUAGGGGAGAAAAAGAAAAUCAAAGGUGUUUUGUUUGUGGAGAAAAGGGACAUUUUUCUAAGAGGUGUCCUAACAAAACCAACAAAGCCGCUAAGUUGAUCAACUCCUUUCAACCUCUAGAAGGUGGUCUAGAAUCCUUGUAUUAUGAACAAAGCUCUACCGAUAAAGAAACAAUUUUUGCUCUUCAAGAUUCCUCCUCAGAUAACUCUUCUUCAGAUGAAGCAUCGUUUGCUGAAUCAGGAGAUGAUGGAUGUUUUCCUAUUUACUCAUUCAAGGAAGUAGGAAGCACUUUAAAGUAG